AUGGGGAGCUUUUUUCUCCCCAAACGGGGAAACUUGAGAGCUGAUGGGACUGCUGGAGAAGAUCCCUUCACGACCGACAAGCGGCCACCUGAACUUUUCAGUGUCGCUGCAAUGGGUGGGUCUUUCUCUGGCCUCCCUGAGCUGCUCGCCUUCCCCACCUCACCACAGAUCGUCUGGGUGCUGCCCUCCCGCGCUGCAGCUGCGCCCUGUGACGUCCCCGAUUCCGCGAGGUGCCGUCCUGGCCCGUGCGGGACCCUAUGGCCAGAGGGUGCCCAGCGCGCGAUGUUUUGCGCGCUUUCUAGCGUCCUGAGGCCAACGGUCACCAAGCUCAGCACACUUGGCCCCGGCGGCAGACUUCGGAAACUUCUGGAAGCCGAAUUUCUAACGGAAGGCCCCGACCAUUGCACUGCUGUCAUGGGCAACUACCUGAGCUGGUUCCUGGGCUGGCCCCGGGCCAGGGUGCUGCCCCGAGCCCAGAAGCACAGGUCCCUGCCGUCCAGGCCGGUCCUCCGCUCCCAGGUCCAGGACUGCUGCAAAGUCGUCUACAUCCAUGGGAAGCGCCAGGUCCACACCCGGCCCCUCCCCACCGCUCCUCCCGAUUGGGACUAUGCCCGCAUCCGGAGAGAGAUGGUCCCAGAGGCCUGGAGGCGCUUUCCCAACAGGCCACCGCUCCUAAGCCUCACUGGGCCAGACUUUUCUGAGGCUCAUCUGGCCUACACGAAGAGGCGGCUUUGGAAGGCCCGGCACCCCCGGCCCAUCUGCAGCCUGGUGACUGUGAAAAUCUCCCCGCCGGAGCACAGAGGGGAGCCUGUACAAGCGUCACCUCCCGCCGAGGCCCCAGAUCCCUGUGCCAGGGAGACAGUGCUGAAGGCCCUCAGCCAGUGCGACAAGGGAAAAAGGAAAUUCGACGAGCCACUCUGGUUUGAGGUCUCAGACACCAAGCAGAGACCGUCACCAAGGCUAUCUGCCUUCAAGCCCAUCAGGAGACAUGGAGAGGUCCCCGCCUUUGUGCUCAGGCCUGGGCCGCUCAGAAGAAGCCUCCACUCUCCAGCAGCAGUGUCUUCCAGGAGAAGCAGCCUUCCCUCAGCCUGCGGCCUGCCCUACUGCAGGAAGUACCCCGGCCACAGCCCAGUCGCAGAGCCACCGCGGGAGCUCUAGGAGAGCCACCGACCCCACCAGGGCACUUCCCACUGCCUCAGCUGACUGCUCUGCCAGCUCCAGCCCCGCCUCUCCUUAGCCUGCGGAGCCCACGCUGAAGAGACUGUGUUGCUCUCAAAACCCUUAACCUUUCCCCUGCCCGCCCACUUCUGCUUUCUCCCUGGGAACUUCUGCUUUCUCUCUGGCAGGCAUAUCCUCCACUUUCAUAGUUUGCAUAAAUAUUUGUUCUUCUUUU